GGUUAAUGGAUUCCUAUAUAUGACGCACCACGUAUGGCAAUUUGUACACAACACUCGAUUGCUAACCCAUCAUUCCCGACAAGUCGGACAAGAUUUUGACCCUCACCCAAAACCCAUCAGACCCCCAAACAAACAGCAAAAAUGACAGCCCUGACGCUCUACCGCAGCGAUGGAUCCUGCUCCAUGCUGCCACAUAUUCUCCUCAAAUACCUAGAGAUACCACACGAGUGCGUCGCGAUGCGGGGCAACGGCGGGCCUUACACCAAGCCGCGCCUCGAGGCGGCGGACGGCAGCUUGUCGGCCGAGGACUACGUCAAGAUCAACCACAAGGGCGUGGUGCCCACGCUCGCCGUGCAGGGCAGCGACGGCAGCAGGACCGUGAUAACGGAGAUCGAGGCCGUGACGAGCUACAUCUCGUCCCUGGCCGGGGACAAGCACGCCUACGGCCGGACCCCGCUCGAGCACGCCAAGGUGGUCGAGUGGGUCUCGUGGCUGGCGGGGUCGGUGCAGGCCCUGGCGCUGUCGCCCGGCUUGGCCCCUGAAAGGUUCACCGCGGACGAGGUCGGCCUCCCCGGCGUCAGGGAGAUGGGCCUGCAGCGCAUGAAGGCCGCCAUGGUCAGGAUCGACGAGAGGCUGCGCGUCGGCGACACCCUGGGGCUCGGGCUGGGGGUCGAUGGCUACUUUACCGUGGCCGACUUUUACCUGUACCUGUUUUACAGCUGGGGUCACUUGUUCAAGUACGACAUGGCCGAGGAGUAUCCGGCCUUUCGGGAUCUUGCCAAGAAGGUCGAGGCGCUGCAUGUCGUCAAGGAGGUUGUCCUGCAUGAUAAUCUCAAGCUCCAAUUCCCAGAGUGAUUAUUUUUGAGUGGAAGAUGGGAAUUUUGAGGUGUCUACAUCGCUGGUGUAUUACUCGCAAAGAGCCCUGAAGUCGAGUCAAGGCCAAAGAGGUACUGUUAAAAGAACAGUGAAAUAAACUCUUCCGCCUUAUCCCGCAGAUUGAGCUAGCAGCAUUUAGUAAGACACCUCUUUGGCAAAGUAGGUAGUUAUCAUCGGAAUGGAGUUCGACAAGUAAAGUACAUCCUUUUCACCUACCAAGUACUCGUGGCCUUGACAAGGCUCGAGAGUCAACUAUCAC